CUGCUGCAGCUGCACACAAAUCGAGAAAAAGGCGAGCGGAGCAGGAGCAGGGGGAGGUGGUGUCGGGGAGCCGAAGCUGGGCGCUUUCUAUAACUUUAAACUUUAUUUCUUCCACUGUCUCUGCAAACUUGGCGGGCUGCUUGUGGUAGCGACCGGGAGGAUAUGUAGGGACUGUUUGAUGGUGUCACUUCUUCACCAUGGAGGAACCUGCAACAAGAGAGUUUGAGAUGUCGCUGUCAGACGGCGCCUCGGACGACGACAUGCCGCUGACGCUGCCCACGGAGGGCCACAGCGGGAGCGUCCGAAAGGGCUGCGAUCCUCUCGCCCAGACUCAACGCAGCAAACUUCAGCACAGACGAGCUCGCAUCAAUCAGCAGAUCAACAAGGAGAUGCGUAUGAGAGCUGGAGCCGAGAACCUGUUCAGGGCCACUACGAACAACAAAGUGAAGGAGACGGUGGCUCUGGAGCUCAGCUUUGUCAACUCCAACCUGCAGCUGCUCAAAGAAGAGCUGGAGGAGCUCAACAGCAACAUGGAGGUGUACCAGACAGACAGUGAAGCUGUCAAUGUUCCCCUGAUCCCACUUGGCCUGAAAGAAACCAAAGAGGUGGACUUUACAAUUUCUAUUCAGGACUUCAUUUGUGAGCAUUAUGGAGAGGACAGCUCUCUCUAUGAGCAGGAGAUGAAAGAGCUUAUGGAGCUCAGACAGGCCAUGCGUACGCCCAGUCGUAACCAGGCCGGCCUGGAGCUGCUCAUGGAGUACUACAACCAGCUGUACUACCUGGACCAGCGCUUCUUUCCUCCUCACAGGAACCUGGGGGUACACUUCCACUGGUACGAUUCUCUAACAGGCGUUCCGUCGUCACAGCGAGCUUUGGCCUUUGAGAAAGGAAGCGUGUUGUUUAACAUCGGUGCUCUGUACACGCAGAUCGGAGCACGGCAGGACCGCUCCGUAGCAGCUGGCAUUGACCAAGCGAUAGAUGCCUUACAGAGAGCUGCAGGUGCAUUUAAUUACCUUAAGGAGAAUUUCUCCAACGCUCCAAGUCUGGACAUGAGCGGUCCGUCACUCUGCAUGUUGGUCCGGCUGAUGGUGGCCCAGGUGCAGGAGUGUGUCUUUGAGCGUGUCACACUCACCACACAAAACACAGACUUUGCCUCACAACUGUGUCUAGCGCAGGAGGCUGCACGGGUGUCAGACGUUUACACAUUGGUGCAGCAGACCAUGACGCAGCCACUAAUGAAGGACUAUGUGCCGUUUUCAUGGGUGUCCAUGGUUCAGGUCAAAUCAGAACACUUCCGUGCUCUGUCACAUUACUACACUGCGGUUGCACUAUGUGACUUCAAGUCAACUGAGGAUGAUGAUGAUGAGGAAGCAGAGAAGGCCUUUCUCCAGUUUUAUGUCAGCACUCCAGCAGGACUCUCACUCAGCCAGGUUUUACGAGAUCCUGAAAAAAGAAGGAAGCUCGGUAAAGCACACCUGCGGUGUGCAGUCAUGAGACAUGAGGAGGCCAUGCGUGUCCACAGCCUUUGUAAGAUCCUGCGGAAGAUGGACAUCCUGCAGGACGUGCUGUCGCUAACUCACAAAAGCUCUUUAGAGAAGUACUCUGAGUUGGACAGAGAAGACGACUUUGAUGAAACUGCAGAGGCUCCAGAGAUACAGUCUCACACACAUCAGAAACCAGACAUCACUCCACCCAACUUCUCUGCUGUCCAAGUUACUGAUAUCUUCCAAAGACUGGGACCCUUGUCAGUGUUUUCUGCGAGAGCUCGUUGGGGACCAGUGCGCGUGAUCUUGCUAAAGAGGAGAGAGGGUGGACUGGGCCUCACGCUCCGAGGAGACUCCCCCGUGCUGGUGGCUGGAGUGGUGCCUGGAGGCUGUGCAGCAGAGGCCGGCCUGAGGGAAGGUGACUACAUAGUGGCAGUGGAUGGACAGGACUGUAAAUGGGCUAAACACGGGGAGGUGGUCCACAUGCUGAAGAGCUGCAGCGACAGAGAAGUGGAGGUCCGUGUGGUCACGUUACACUCGCACGACGCACAGCUGGAGAGGAGAGCCAUCAUGGUUUCACACUGCGAUAAAGAAAACACGCGGCAGCAUCUGCUGAGCGGAGCCAAGGGCCAGAGUUCUGCCUCUUUACUGAACUGGAACAGGAAGAAGAAGAGGGAAGGAAGCGGGAUCACUAAAAGACUAGGAAGCACUUUCAGUUUGUCAUUUGGAAGCAUCCGAGACACUGAAGCCAUGUACUGAAACAGAACUGCAGACGGAACGCUCAGGGAUUCACGGUACAAAAGGACUGAACACAGAUGCAGUUAACUCCACUGACUCCUUCUUCUCUUAAUCAAACUGAUUCUGGUUUAAUGAAAUGUAUGGAAGUGCUCACAAAGGUGUGAGCAGCAUGUAACGAAGCACGUUGCUUACGUUUACCUUAGUGCAGUCCUGCUGCCAGAGUUACAGUCCCGCCUCAGAGGCAAAAUGUUGGUGCAAAUACAAACAAAUGUAACCUGCGUGUGUUAGGGUGCCGGCCUUUAAAAUGCUUCAACUGAUCGUCAGCCGAGAUUCAAACUGGUCCGGACAAGGCACCAUCAGUAUUUUAGAAAACCUGAUGCUCAUGGGAACUGUUUAAUGUGUUUGAGUGUUUAUCGAUCACCUAGAAAAUAUUAGGUGCAAGUACAUUUACAUAAAGUUAUGUAUAGAAACUAAUGUAAAAGCACAAAUCAGAAGAAACAAGUAUUGUUUUGAGGUUACAGAUUUCUGUAACUGUGUCAAACCACUGAAGUGCUCUCGUCUUAAAUCAGUGUUCCUGGUGAAGUUGGUUGUUUAAAUUAUUUAAAGCACUUCAGGUGUGAUUUUAAUGCACUGUGAAUCUUGGAAUAGACUAGUCUCUAACGUAGUUUUAAUUCAUGAAUUAUUGUUGCAAUAAUAAGCAUUAACACACUGAGAGGUGGCAUAAAGGCGAAGCCUGAUGUGGUUUGAUCCUUGUCACAUCUGUUAAGUCCAACCACUGUACUGUAUGUUAGUUUAGGGUAGAUACUAGGGCCUGUAGCUGAUCAGUUACAGAGAACGUUUUUUAAUAUUUUGAUAUGGAAAUCGUGAAACACUUUUUAGUCCAGCUAAAAUGAAUUGUGGGUUGUUGUUGUUGUUGUGUCGUCUUUUUAAGGUCAUGAAUAUGGUAAACCAGAGAGGACCAACAAACUCUUUUAGUUUUCAUAACAGAAAAACACAUUGGAAUGCAAGAAAAAUAAAUCAAAUAACUGAUUUAUUUAGAAAAAUGUAUUCCAAAAGACAAACUUGAUUACAUUGGUAUUUUUGAAGAACAUGUUCUUUCUGGGUUUCCGUACUCGAAUCGUCAAAUCCUUUGUCCCAUGGUUUUGACGGAAUGAAAACGGAAUUGAAAAUUUGCACUGUUCAUUUAACGUUUAAACGAGUGAAAAACUGCAAACUUCAUCAAACAAAGCUUGACAACUUCA